AUAUAGACUAAUGUACAUGGCCUACCCUAAGAUAUAUACAUGUGCCACCAUAUAAAAGUAUAUUACACGUGAAGUACCGCCGGCGGCUUUCAGAACCACCUCCGUGUAAAGCACGUUUCGAUCCGGCACUCUAAUUGGUUCGGAGGAACUCGCAUUCGGCCUUAGCACGAUUGGGGACCAUUGGCCGGGAAAGGGGCACAACCUUCGCACUGGCUUACGCGUCCUUCCCCUCUUUAAUCGACUGUCCGACCCCUGUCAACCUGCCCGACAAGGCCAAGUACUUGCCAAGCCACCCAGGGACCUACAGGGGAAAGAGAGAGCCCACCCCCAGGAAGUCAGGAAAGUUUCCAAAGUUAAGGCACCUUGCAACUUUAUUACUCUUAGCAACUUUAGACGCUCUUUCCCAGGCAUCCAUAACAGCCAAAUCUUCCAUCUGAUCCGCGCUUCCCCUACCAAUCUCACCAUCUUUUCCCUCCUUUUCCCUUUCUUCCACACGAUCAAACGAAACAACCUUUUUUCUUUCCCCUCUCACCUAAAUCUAAAUCUCUAUACCUACACCUACACCUACAACCUAAACUUUUAACACGUUGCGAACGGUUAAAGAACCGAAACUUUAUUCCCAUCCAUCCCUUCGAGUACAAUAAUAAUCUAACAAAGCACGCGGCAUAUUGCUAUAGCUGACAAGUUCCCUCUCUUUGGCCCAGUCCGGUCCAAUUCUCACUAUAGCAAGCACGAAACUCACGCACGACCAUGUCGGCUUCUAGCCAGUCCUCAACGAGUCCCACGGGCGUCGUUGAUCCCUUAGAUCUACUCGACUUUUCCGAGUAUGAUACUGUACAAUAUCAAUCACCUUCGGCCUCGCCAGCUACGGCCAAUAAAGCCCAAUUCGCAAGGGCUUCAGCAGCAGUCUCGACACCGACGACUAUGCCUUCGACACAGACAUUGACCGGUCCUAGUCAUAAAUAUGACCAAUACAAGCAACAGACGCCUUUCGUGCCGGGUGCCGUCGCUAGCACGCUUGCCAUUAACCAGAGCAACAACCAAAUUACUGGAUACACGUUAGAUUAUAUGGCAGCGGAAAUGGGUUCGAAUGAAGAGAUGUUUGAUUUCAACAGUGCUCCAUCGCAAAACAUGGAUUUGGAUUUCGAGUCUCAGCAGGAUCCGUCUUUCUUUUUCUCCGAAACCAUCAACCCUAAUGCGAUUGGAGGCGAAUCCCAGACAAUGCAAUCGCCAACCGUCCCAAGUCAAAGCAGUAGCGUUGGAAGGAUGUACCCUGGCAUGCACCAACAGGCCGCCUUAGCGAAGGCUCAGGCUCAGCAGAGACAGCAACAACACUUAAUUCAACAGCAACAAAGGCAAAACCAGGCUAAGCAACACCGACCUAAGGCCCCGAUGCCCUCGGAUCCCAUUGUGGAGCAGAAGAUUACACAGCUAUUGAACUCGAUGAGAUCGAAGGCCGGUGCCUCUCCUAGCGAUGGUGGUGAUUCGCCUCUCAUGCAACUUCCCCGGCCGAAGAAAGAGGAGGAUGAGAUGGACGAAGAUGAAAGGCUUCUUGCUAGUGAAGAAGGAAAGAAGCUGAGCAGCAAGGAAAGACGUCAACUGCGCAACAAAGUAUCUGCUCGAGCUUUCCGUUCCCGAAGAAAGGAAUACAUUACUCAGCUUGAGAGUGAAAUCGCCAGUAAGGUGACCGAGAAUGGUGAUUUACGGGCCCAGAACCGCGCAUUGGUGGAAGAGAACCGACGUCUUUCGGAUCUCACCCGCAUGUUAUUAUCAUCGCAACAAUUCUCUAACUUUCUCGAUCACCUAAGCUCCAAUCCCGCUGCCAUUCAGCAACAACAGCAGCAGCAGCAACAACCCGAGCAAAGGCAAUCCGAGUCUCGUCAGGUCCCUAAGGAUAUCAACCCGUUCGCUGGUCAACAGAACCACCAACAGCAAAUCGGCAUGGUCAUGAUGCCUGAGCAAACUAUGGACUUCUCUAUGUUAAAUCUUAACUCCGAUGCCUUCAAUUACCAACCCCAGGUCUUCACUGUUUUAGACACGCCGGAUAUGCCCGUAAUUGAUACCGAGGCUUUGGCCGGAAAGUCAUCCAACUUCGUCGGCGAGUCUUUCACAUCGGAUGCCGAGAAGACCGAUGCCCCGGUCCUAGAGGUCCCCGUUCUAUCAUCGGCCAAGUCACCUGAGCCUUUCGAAACCCCUACUGGGUUCCCAAUUUCUCAGGAGGCUCCCGCUGAUCUUGAUGCCGAUAUCUAUGAUGACGAGAUUUCGGUCUCAUCUCAGAAGCCAGUGGAAUUAAAUACCGACAGCCUUACCUCCGUUGAUAUCUUCGGAGGCAUCGAGUCGGACAAGGCACUUGCCCGACUUGAGCUUGUUGGUUCAGAAGAAGAUACUGUUGCUAUCGCCGCCGCGAGACGGGUUGAGCGUCUUGCCGCCAGCUUAGAAUCCGUGAUGGCUAGAUUAGACAUGCUCACAAUCGGAUUAUAGAGCUGUUAUAGUAACUAGUUUUUUAUCUAAAUUCAUUGGCGAUGUAUUGGGUCCCGGUCAAAUUGGCGUUCAA